AUGCAUUACAAAUUGUUGGGGAAUUGUGUAACAUUGCUGUUAGUUCUUCUCCGGGUCACGUGGGCGCUCGAUUUCCCGGAAUGUGCAAAUGUAACGGAACCGGACGUUUUCGUUGCCAGCUUUCGCAGUUGUGCCAAAUAUGUUUAUUGUAGUGGUGAUGCCUCGUUUGAAGGUGAAUGUUUGGGUGGUAACUACUUUAAUCAGGCCCAGGGUAUUUGUGAUGACCCGGAAAAUGUAAGCUGUGACAUUGUGGCCGGCGCUGAUGUUACCAGCAUUUUUGAUGAUAAAUUUCAAAAAGCUGAUAACGUUUUGGAAGAGAAUGUAACUGAUGAUCUACUAGAGGAGGAUGAAGAAGAGAGAGGAGGUACAGGUAAUGCGAUUGAAAUCGGUGAUGUUGCGGAAACCGGUGCAGAACCGGAUGCGGAGGUUGAAGUAGAAGAGGAAAAUGUUCCGAGUGCAAAUGCUGAAGAUCACCAACCACUUAGUGUAUUCACAAAUCCGGAGGCUAGAAAGUGUUCUCGUUUUUCAUCCACUGCCGUUCGUCAUAUACCCCACCGUGAGUCAUGUUCGGCAUUUUUCACCUGUUACAAUGGCAUGGUUAUACCGAUGUUGUGUCCGAGGAAUUUAUUCUUUAAUGCUGAAACGGAAAAAUGUGAGUCGCAGCUGCCAGCGAAUUGUAAGUUACGCUACUCCGUCCGGCUAAACUGCCAAAAGGGUGUCUACGACUAUAUGCCUCAUCCCCAGAAGUGUGAAUAUUAUUAUUACUGUAUCAAUGGAUUCCUGAUGAUGUUGCGUUGCCCCUAUGGUUUUCUAUGGCAUUUUGAACGGCGAACAUGUGUUCGCCAAUCAUUGGCCAAAUGUUAUAAGGAAUCAGCAGUGCUAAUGGCUGCACAACAAACGCAUGUUUAUCGUAUACGCAACGAGGAUAUGAGAAAUUCCACAAAAAUAAUGUAA